AUGCUAAAUUAUACAAGUUAUCUCUUUGUGUAAAUUUCAAUAAAAAACACUUUUUUUCUAGUGGAGAUAAUAAUGAAUGAAGAAAGAUCACUAUAAUACAUUAUAAUCAACUCAAUUUCCUUAGGAAUUUCAAUUUUAUUAUUAGUUUUGGAGACACUAAAAAAAUAAAAUAUUUAUGCAAAUAAUAUAGGAGUGUCAAUGUUAUGUGUUCUUAAUAUGGAAUUUAUAUAUAAGGAUAUUCCUUAAAUAAAUACUCUUUAAUUAGGUACUUUUAUAGUGAUUCUGAUAACACAAUUUGAAGAUGCAUAAAAAUGGCAUAAAUUUAUGAAGCACUUAAUUCUGUUUUAUUUUUUUAUUAGAACGUUCUUAUAAUAAAAGGAAUAACUGUACAUAACAGAAUUGUUGACAUGUAUUUUAUGGUAACCUUUAAAUCAUUGGAUGUUGUAUUUGAAGAAAGAGAAUGAUUAGAUGGAAUUUAAGAAGUAAUCGUUAGAUACAAGUAAAUAUAACUUAGAGCAAAUUCCAUAACUUGUUAAAGAUUAAUCAGAAUAAGAUGAAUAAUGUAGUAGUGUAUUUAGGAGUUUAAAUAUCCAAAAUAAUUUGAGAGAGUUAAAAUAAAUAAAUUUAAAGAAUCCGUUUGAGUAAUACAAGGAAAGUUUAAUGAAUAUAUAUUCAGAGAAGGAAUUGGUAUCAUAGAGAUCUACAACAAAUUUAGAUAUACCUUAGAUAUGGAAUUUAUUACCAUUUGGAAUAGGAUUAAUGAAUAAUGUAUUUGAGAUGGUGAUAAAUAAUUAAAAAUUAUUAUAGUAUUUAAAAGUAUCAGAUAAUGAUGGAAGAAACAUAAUUUUGAGUUUAGAUUCAUUAUUAGAAAGGUAAAUAUUUAUAAUGAAAAUAAGUUGUGAAUCAUGGGAAAGUAAAUCAAUAAGAUAGGGAGGUUCUAAUUAAAGCAAUCGUUAGAGUAGAAGAUUCUUAAAGGGUCGAUAGUUGUCAAUGAUAUCAAAGAGUUUAAAUGAAUAAUGUUCAAUCAAUAUAGAUGGAGGUACUAAUACAAAUAUAAAUAAUAAUGUUGCUUAGAGUUCUAAUACAAAUAAUUAGAUAAGAGAUGAAGUUAUGACUACGAAGACAAGAUUUAGAAAUUUAAAUUUACUGUUUAAGAAAUUUGCAUAAAAAUCUCCUUCAAUGACAAACAAUGCAGAUUAUUCUGUUUAAUCAAUUGGAUAAAAUAUAUAAAUAAUCAAGAUUAUUUAGGAUGUUGGGACAUUGAAGUGUUAUUUAAGAAUCAAAGUUUAUGAAAUUGAAAUAAAUAAUCAAAUACAUUAUCUUUUUUUGAUUGAAAACAUAACUAAUAAGGAAGAAUUAAGGUAAUUAAAUAUUAGAUACAAAUAUCAAUAAGCACUUUUAAAUUCAUUAUGUCAUGAACUCAGAACUCCUAUGAAUAGUACUUUAUCGUAGUUAAAUGCAUUAUCUACUUUGAUUUAACCCAAUAUUAGAGAUAAAAAUUUAUAGCCAGCAAUAAUUUCAGCUAAAAAACUUAUGUUUUAAUUAAAUGACAUUUUAGAUUAUGCUUAAAUUGAUUGUAAAAACUUUAAUUUGAAUAUUUCUCAGUUUGAUUUAUAUGAAAUAUUUGAUAUUUUGAAAGAGUUGUUUAAUUAGGAAUGCAAAGAAAAAUAAUUAGAUUUUUAACUUAAUACUAAUGCUAAUUAUAUUAUUAAUAGUGAUAAGGAAAGAAUACUUAGAAUUUUAGUUAAUUUAAUAGAUAAUUCAAUAAAAUUUACAAAUUAAUUUGGUUUAAUUAUUGUAAAUGUAAAUGAAUAUAAAUCAUGUAUAGUUUUUACAGUCGAAGAUAAUGGAGUUGGUAUGUCUGAAAAGACUUUAGAAUAAAUUAGAAAUAAUUUUGAUAUGUAAUUUUAUGAUUCAUUUCUAUUCUAAUAAACUAAAUUAGGUUUAGGAUUGAAAAUUUCUUAAUAAAUAGCUAAAUUUUUAUGUGUUAAUAAUAAAUUAAUAAUAGAUAGUACUGAGAAUGUUUAUACAAAAAUAACAUUUAAAAUAGAAAAUCAUGAAAACUGUAUUAGUCAAUAAAAAUUACCAUCAUUUUAAGGUUGUAACAUUACAAUUAGUUGUAAUUGUAUUUAAAUUCUAAUUGUAGAUGAUAUAAGAUUUAAUCAUAGUGCUAUUGAAGCACUUUUAUAAUAACAUAAAGUAAAAAUGGAUAGUGCUUACAAUGGUUAAUAAGCAAUUGAAAAAAUUAAAUAAAAAUUGAAUUCUCUAUGUUGUAAAACUUACAAACUGAUUUUUAUGGACAUUGAAAUGCCUAUAAAGAAUGGGUAUUAGGCUUCGUAAGAUGUAAAAAUAUACCAAUUCAUUUGAAUAGAUUACUGAAAUUUUGAUUCAAGAAAAUUUGAAUGAAUAAUGUGCCAUAGUGAUGUGUUCUGCCUAUAAUGGAAAUGAGAAUAAUGACAAUAUGAAGAAUUGUGGCAUUAAAGAGAUAUUACCUAAGCCAAUUGAGUAGAAAUAACUUAAACAAUUACUUGAUAAAUAUUUAUUAUGA